UUCACGUGAUUAGACAAGAUUAAAAAUGGCGGCGCUCAGCGUCUUGCGUGCUGCUAGGAGCCUCCAACCCAUUUUGUUUAAACAGUGCUUACUUAACUCAAGGCAGCCAUGCACUCUCGCUCUGAGACAGAUGUCAGAACGGCGGAUGCAAAUAAAGAGCUCGAGCUACGCGUGGCAUCUAUUUAAAGAUAAGGUACACUUUUACUUAAUGCUGGGAGUCAUACCUCUCGGGACGCUCAUCUUCCUCGUCAACGUCUUCAUUGGUCCGCCUGAGCUGGCAGAAAUUCCAGAGGGUUACGAGCCAAAACCCUGGGAAUAUUUCAAUCACCCUAUCAAGAGGUUUUUUGCCAGGUACGUCUACCCCUAUCCCCAGCAAAAUUACGAGAAGAUGAUGCACUACCUUCAAACUGAGCAUGAACGGGUGCAACUGAGAGCUAUCGAAGAGAAAGUAAGAUUCCUGAUGAAGGAACGUGGUGACUACCAGUCGUGGUACUACAUCCCGUACGAGAGCAAGUAUACCAAAGCAGACUUGAGAGAUGCAGAGGCGAACGCAGACGCGGCAGGAGAUCUUUAAAAUACCCCUGUUGAACUUGGAGCUGAUGUAGAAAUCGGGAGUUUCGGUUUACUAGAAUAAACUAGUGUUUUUCA